AUGGCGCGCUGUGGGGGGAACGCGGCCUCCCGGGCCUCUGCGGGGACCCGCGAAGGAGGAAGAAAGGGCAGCGACAGGGGUGCCUCAGAGAAGCGGAGGUUGAAAGAGAUAGUGGCUGAGCAACUGAGGCAGGAUAUGGGAAGGCUUCUUAAAGAGGAAAUCCAGACAGACAUCACUUUCUGUGUUGGGAAUAUUCUGUUCAGAGCUCACAAGGCAGUGUUUGUAGCAAGAGUUCCAGACUUUAUUUUGCACGUUGCUGGGAGAGGGUUAAAUAAUCUAAGCAGGAGUGAAGUUAUUAAUCUGGAGAAUUUGGAACCCUUUGAAUUUAAAACAUUCCUACAGGUUGUCUAUUCAUCUGACAGAAACAUAAAAGAGGCUGAGCAAGAGGUUCUCAAGAAGAAACUAUCAAAGCCUAGAUUAACAAAGGAAGAUGAAAGUCUUCAAGUCAGCCAUCUACAGAAUGGCCAAAUAUCAGCCGCACAGUGCCUGGAAAAUCAUGAAAGGCCACCUGGCUAUCAGUAUUCCUCAAACGGAGCUGUAGAAACAGAAACUGCUACUGCUGCUUUUAUUGCAAAUGAAAUUCCUGAAGAAGCUGUUGAUGCUAAAGGCAAUGUAACUGUGUCAGUUGAUUCUGAAAUAGAAACUGCAUCUAACUUAGGAAAAGAUCUGUUGAUGAUCUACAAGAAGUCUUGGUUUUCUGAUAUUAAUAUUUGGAUUGAUGGGAAACCAUUUAAAGUGCACAGGGCCAUUUUAUGUGCCAGAUCUAGUUACUUUGCUGCUAUGCUGAAUGGGAGCUGGGCUGAAAGCUCUCAAGAGCACAUCACUCUUCAAGGUAUAAACCAUGUAGAAAUGACUGUCAUUCUGCAUUUUAUCUAUGGAGCAAUUUUGGAUAUCCCAAAGAAAGCAGAUGCUGGUUGUGUACUGAGCAUUGCAGACAUGUAUGGACUAGAGGGUCUGAGAGAAGUAGCUAUAUAUGUUCUGAAAAGAGACUACUGCAACUUCUUUCAAAAGCCUGUGCCUGGAAAGCAUCAGCCUGUUUUAGAAUGUCUAGCUAUUGCCCAUUCAGUGGGAGCAGAAAACCUCUACGAUGCUUGUAUGAAGUGGUUAGUUCAGAAUUUUGUAAGUUGUUGGUCGGAGAAGAGCUUUGCUAGUUUACCCACUGAGCUUCAAAAUAAUUGCCUUAUAACAGUGAUCCGCUCUUUGAGUCCACAGAAUUCAGCCCAUCUUUUGAUGGAAACCAACCGGUUGAUCACUAGUCUUCCUCAGGUGAAAUGGACUGAAACAGCUCUCACCUUGGCAUCUAGGUUGCAAGAAGAGUGUGUCGCAUUCAUGGUGUCAAAUUUCCCUGAGAUAAUACAAAGUGAAGGCUUUUUUGCCCUGUUACAGGCUGAGGCCAUGAGCAGCAAAGCUGACCUCCUUGAUCAAGUCUUUGAAGCCAUUCAGAAAACCAUUAGCACUGAAAAUAGUUGUGGUCUUCUAAUAGCUCUCGACUCUCUAUUAAGUUCUGCCUAUGUGAAUGAGACGGGGUUUACGUGCAAGAUCCAGGCUCUGCAUGAUAAGCUGUGGAUCUUCCUGGUUCAGUCAUUUUAUGCUGUUCGUCACACAGAGAGCUGGAAGCUGCUGAAGCCACACGACCAACAGAAAAUACAAGCAGCUGCUUUUGACAAAGGCGAUGCUAGAAGACCAGCCAAAAAGCCUGUAUUCACUAGUUCUCAGUUAAACCGAUGCACUACUGACACUUCUGGUAUAAAACAUACUGCUUGGAAAGCAGACGGAAAGCAAAACGGUUGGGGUGAUUCCUCCACUAAUCAGGAUAAAAUGAAAUCCGAUGGAUUAGGAGCAUCUGGACAUACAUCGGCUACCAACAGGAACAGCACUAAUAAGGCUUUGAAACAUGAUGAUUUAAAGGGGAAAGACAGUAAAAAAACAGUUUGCAAGAUGACAAAAGAGUCCAAAAUGGGGGAGAAAACGCCUUCACCAAAGGCUAGAGCUGUUAUAAAGCCCAAAAUUGAAAAUAAUGGAAAUGCUAAGUCUGAAAGCUUGCUUACCAAACAGGAUUCUGAUCGGUCAUUAUCUGCUAGUGGACACAAAAAUGCAGGAAGUGGCAAAGCUUUGAAAAACCAAGAAGGUAAAACUGCUGGUGCCCGACCCAAAGUACUUUCUGCAAGCUCAAAUGUACAGAUUAAAGCAAAACCUUUGAAGAAGACCACUGGAAAGGAAUCUCCCUCUCUGAUUGGCACCGAAACUCUAAGCAAAUCAACCAACUCAAGCACAGAUCUGCGGAUGUCCAUUGAACACCUAGAUGAACCCAAGGAGGAAAAAUUAGCAGAUGAAAGGAAAAAGCAUGCAGCUUUGAAAACGAAGUCUGCGCUGAAGAAGACUAAUGGAGUCCCUGCUAAAAAACAAGUUAAUGAUCUUGAGGCUAAUGGUCCAAUGAACAGUGUUGUUAAAAAAUGCACUGGAAAGGGCAACACUGAACAUAUACCACAAGCAGUCUUGAAGAAAAAAGGAAAUGAAGCUGGCAAUUCUACGUUUCAACAGAAGGCAAAGAAUAUAGCCAAUGGUACGAAAAACCAAGGUCCACAGGGAGAUUUACUAAAUCCACUGAAGCCAGGACUUUCCCCAAAACAAAAUGAAGAAACAGAUAUGACACAACAUUUGUCACAACUGGAGAAACAAACUUCUUCAAAGAAAAAGUCUAAAUCUCUGCAAACUGCUUCUGUUAAAGCUACUGCAAAAAUAAUAGUAACAUCCAAAAACCAAACCCAUUCAAAGAAGAGUGAAACAGGGAAUAAUAAAGACCCAAAACAGAAAAUAGUUACAGGACAACCUGCUUUAAAGGUUUCGUCUUCAAGCCAGAAGAAUUCCAGAAGCGAGUCACCAGUUCAGAAGAAUGUGCAUGGAGAAGGGCAAAAGAAUCUAGCCCCCAAACUUGAAAACUCUGCUGCAAUGGGAGCUCAGCUUCAUGGAAGUAACAAAUCUAGUCCAGGGAAGAAAAACAAUAGUGGAACUUCUUUGCUUGAGAUAGAUAAGAGGCACAUACCUAAUUCAGAAAAAUUGACUUCUCUUGAAGAGAGACACUCCAAAGGAGAUUUGGAACAGCCUUGUGUCGCAGAGCUGAAUGUGUCAGUGAAAACGGAAAAGGUAGCAAAACACAUUCAUAAGAAUGAGAAGGAUGAAGGAUCUCCUGUAAAUAUAAAUAUGGAAGAAUGUAAUGCACCUGAAUUGCACCAUGUUAAGGAGCAGAAGGAUAUUGCAUGUGAGAAUACUAGCCAGAAUCCCACCAUCCUGGCUGCAAGCAAGGAAAUGUUAAAGUGCAAAACACUUCCUGAUUCUUUUGCUUGCCAGCAUCCCUUGGAAAAUUCAGGAGAAAAUGAGAACACUUUGAUACAAAAAACAUCAACUGAUUAUAAACCAAAAGAUACCUUGAAAGCUGAAAAGGGUGUUAACUAUGUUGAUGAUCCAUUGCGUCCGUUGUCUGAAGCAGCCAGUGAAAGCUCUAACUCUGAACAUGAGGAGGGGAAGUCUUCUAAGGCCUGUGUGCUAGGGACUGAAAGUGCCGAUGAGUUCUCUGAUAAGUCUGCUCUAACCGAAUCCCAGUCUGCUACAGUGGAAUCAGAUGCCGCUUCCAAAUCUUUCGUAGGCCAAGCUGCUGAGAAAUGCUCCUCUAAAGAUACUGAUACCACGGAAACGCCAGAGAGCCAUGAAAACUCUGAGGCGCCAUUUACAGACCACUGGAACUUGAGCUCCAGUGCGCUUGAUCCAAAAGAAAGCCCUGAAUCAGACACAGGCAGUGCAGCAACAUCCUCAGAUGAUAUAAAGCCAAGAUCGGAAGACUACGAUGCCGGAGGCUCUCAAGAUGACGAGGGCUCCAAUGAAAGAGGGAUUUCCAAAUGCAGCACCAUGUUAUGCCAUGAUUUCCUUGGCAGAAGCAGCAGUGAUACAAGUACACCCGAAGAACUAAAAAUCUAUGACGCCAGCCUAAGGAUAGAAGUAAAAAUGAAAAAGGAAAACUCUGAUCUCUUUCGGGUCAUUUCAACAAGCGAUGAUGAGAUCCCAAGAAAACGGCCCGAAACAUGGCCGCAUCAAAGUGGUGAGAGAAGGGCUGGAUCUAGGGGGAGCAAUGCUAAUUUUGCCCCUGCACAGUUUCCUCAGGAAGCCGAUCAAGUCUCCUCUUCAGCAGAUGAAACAGAAGAUGAAAAGUCUGAAAACGAAAAUGUUGCAGAACGCCUGCCCCCACCAGAAGCUCCUCCUGUUCAGCAGUUCCAUGGAAUAGUGAACCUAGCCUUUGAAGAUGCAGCGGAAAAUGAUAUUGAGAGCCAAGAAUUCUCUUCCACCAAGAACUUUAAGCGGUCUGUAUUGCUUUCAGUGGAUGAAUGUGAAGAACUGGGGUCUGAUGAUGGCGGGGAGGUCCACACACCCCUCCAAUGUCCCCUGGACGCUGCCACACCUUCUGACGUGUUUGAUGGCAUUCCCCAUGAGCAUCAUAGCAAAACAUUUUACUCAAGAUUCUCCUUGGAGAUUGAGGAUGGAUUCCUGGAGUAUAAGGAGCCUGAUAAGGACAACAAGGAGAGCUCUUCUGUAGAGCCUUGUGGCACUGAGCCAAAAGCAAAAGAUAGCCCGGCCUCUUCAGUUACAGAACGCAAGCCUACAGAGAAAGCUGUGACAGUAGGAUGUGGCCAGCCUCCCACAGAAGAUAAGGAAAAUGCCAGGAGAGAAGAGAAUAAUGAAGUUCAGUGCAAUAAGGUUCCAGACAGUGACCCAAAAUCUCAAGGAAGACCAUGUCACUUGGAUCUUCAUCAAAGGGAUAAUAUUGAGUUGCAAAAGAACAGCUCUACAAAACCUGUAGAUCCAUGUAAGAGUCACUUAUUGGCUCAAGAAGGUCACGUCAAAGAGAGUGAGCCAGCAUCUACUGAAUACGCUAACACUGCUUUAUCUGCAGGAGACAUAGAUGAUUGUGACAGAUUGACACAAACCUGCAUGUUUGAGCAUCGGCCUCCAAAAACCCUUUCUCCAAUAUACGAGAUGGAUGUUGGGGAAGCUUUUGAGCAGAGGAUGGAGUCGGAAGUGGACAUUCUAGAAGUGGAUUUUGAAGAUCAGGAGUUUGCAGAACAGGACUGGUCUCUUCUCAGGCAAUUGUUAUCUGAUCAGGAGUCAAACUUGGACAUCAAAAACUCUGUUCCCGAAGACCUUAACUUAGCACAAUAUCUCAUCAACCAGACGCUAUUUCUGGCACGAGACAGUUCACAACCUCAGGGUAAAGCACAGAUUGACACUUUCAGUAGGUGGACUGAACUAAUAUCUCCGCUGGAUGAUUCUUCAGCAAGCAUCACAGUGGCAAGUUUUUCCUCUGAUGAUUGUUCUUCCCCACAAGGGGAAUGGACAAUUCUUGAACUAGAAACCCAUCAUUGAAGUGUUCAAGUGUUUUGAGAUAGGACUCCUUCCCUCUUCUUCUCCCUGUACCUCUGCAAGUAAAUAUUUGAUGCAAUAUUUCCAUACAAUAAUAAAUACUGCAUCAGAGUUGGUCCUUGAUAAUGAAAUGAUCUGUCCAUUAAAUGGUCCGUUUCUAACUUAAGAUUUAAUUGCAGGUAAAAUAAACUUUUGAGAAUUUAAGUGGAUGUUUUCUAAAAGCUAUUUUUGAGCAUGUCUUUUUUCCCCCCUAGACUUCUUAGGAAGAAUUAGAUGACCUGUAUGAAAAGGUCCUGGCUUACUCUCCCUCCAUUCAUUCACCACUUAAUCGUACAUUCCUGGAUGCUCAAUGAAUUAAAAUGUGAAUGCAGAAUAAGUAGUGAUACCCUUUUUCCUCCCAUCACUCUCCAUCUAGUGAUUUAGUGACUUCUUCCAGGCUAAGAGAUUCACAGUGAUUAUGUCAAAAAAAAAUGUGUGCCAACAGUACUUUAAAUACUAGAAAUGUGUGUUUGAAUUUGCAGGAAAAGUUUUGAUGCAACCGUUUUUGAAUUUAUUUAUAAAGAGCAGCAUGUGUGGUUUGUUUUCUCUGGAUUGGUUUUGUACCUUUUUUUGUUUUAAAAAAAAUUCAAUAAAUUUCUAAAUUGUUUAUUUAAAUCUAAGACUGCACAGGUAUUGCUGGA